AUGCCGGACGACAGCUCUGACGUGCCCCUCAAAAUUGACCGCCAAACAACAACUCCCUUUCACUUGAAGCUCUUCUACAGGGAGCAUUCCUUCCACCACCUUUCAGAUUUCCCGAUCCCUUCUCCCCCAUCGAGCGGAAACGUGUCUCUCGCACCUGCCCCUCUCCCUCUCCCUCACCUCCAAAUAUACACCUGGCCCUCUUGCUCCCUGAGAGAACUCGCGCAGCUCUUGACUUCAUGUCUCCCUUCAAUACUUCCAGACCCAGCUGUGGGGACGCGCAUCAGCUUUCGCCUCAUAUACCCCGAUACCAGAACCCAGACUGCUGCCGGAGACGGUCGAGGGAGGUUCUUGAGUAGGGAUAUGGGUAGUGUAAUUGUCGGGCCAAGUGAUGAUGCGGAGAACCGGGAAACUGAUCGUCGAGCAAAUGGGCCACUGAAGCUCCAGGGCGACGAAGCCGACAAAUGUUUACAAGAUUUUCGCUUCGUGAUUGGUGACUACGUGGAUUGUGCCAUUCUCCCACCCCUGUCUGAUGGCUCAAUUGCCCCCGCCAUUGUAAACAGGGGAGUGGUAGGAAUCUCAGCAAUAGGAGGCGGCAUGAGAGCUUUUGGCAAUGGACAGUCCACAUCAAGAGAAAAUGGGUUUAGCAGAUCAAGAACAGGUGGAAGUAUGGGUAGGGGAGGCGGUUUUCCUCACAUGGGCCCAGCAGGUGUACCUGCUGGUGAGUGGAGGAGGGGUGAAAGGGUUCCUGAUGGAGGGGGCCGUGGUUUCUGUCGGGGUUACCCAAGAAGAGCAAGGCCCUAUUGA